GGUUCUUGCGCAGGUCUCAUGUGAGCUCGUUCCUCCGAAGCCGAAUCGGCCGACAGAAGGUAUCCUGUUCUUUAACCUGGAGCUCUCGCCAAUGGCUGCGCCUGGUUUCGAGCCUGGCAGGCAGACUGAGUUGCUGGUGAAACUGAACAGGUUAAUAGAACGCUGCCUGAGAAAUUCCAAAUGCAUAGAUACUGAAUCUCUCUGCGUUGUUGCUGGUGAAAAGGUUUGGCAAAUUCGGCUGGACCUGCACCUGUUAAAUCACGAUGGUAACAUUAUCGAUGCUGCCAGCAUCGCAGGGAUUGUAGCUCUGUGCCAUUUUCGCAGACCAGAUGUGUCUGUGCAAGGACAGGAAGUAACUGUGUACACUUCCGAGGAACGGGAUCCUGUCCCCCUGAGCAUCCACCACAUGCCCAUUUGCGUCAGUUUUGCCUUCUUCCAGCAAGG